ACUAUUGGGCCGGUGGGCCGGGCCUGGGCCUGAGCAGGACUCAAACCCUAAUUUCUCUUAAACCCUGAUUCCCCAUACCUCACAGCAAAUCAAACCAGACUAUCUCUGUUCUUCAAUGGAAGGAAGGUCAGCCUCCGAAAAUCAAGCUAUGUUGUUUGAAGAAAUGCCUAAACCUACAAUUAAAGUAACCCACGAAGCUAAACUUAAGGAGCUACUGCAUAAUCUUAACUCUGUUGAAAUCAAAUUAUGUUCUCAUGCUACAAAAGAGUUCAUUAAGUUGCUGAAAGGUGAUAACGGAGGUGAUUUGCUCCGCUAUUAUGUGAAGAAUUCGGGUAAGUGCUCGGAGCUUCUCAGUGCUUGGAAGCUCCGGCGAGGGAAACCCGGAAUGUUUUGUGUAUUUAAACUAAUUGCUGCUGUUUUGAGUCAUCCUGAUGGGAUGUAUAUGCCGAAUGAUGUGGAGAGGAUGGGUAUUAGCCGGGCAUUGGAUAAGUUUGCACGGUCGAUUAUUGAAGAACAGUUGCAGGAUGUGUAUAAGGAGUUGAAUAGUAAAGAAGCAAAACGCCAAAAGGCGGCGCUUUUGCUUUUGGCUUCCAUUGUGAGGCGUGGGUCGGGGUUGGCUUCUGAGGUUGCAAAGAAUUUCGAUUUCAAACUCCAGGGUUUUUUUAAGAUGGGUGAAUUUAAAAAGAAGCAGGGUGAGAAAAGAAUGAAGCUGUCGUUGAGGAAGUCGUUUGUGGGAUUCGCAAUGUCAUUUUUGGAGGUGGGGACGCCAGGAUUGCUGAGGUCGGUUAUACGUCAGAAGGAAAUGUACUCUGGUGUUCUUCGCGGGAUUGGGAAUGAUGAUGAUGAAACUGUUAUCUACGUUUUGUCCACGUUGAGGGACAGGAUUCUUGUUGAAGAGUCAUCAGUUUCCCCGAGUCUUCGGAGUGUUCUCUUUGGCAGUGUUACUUUGGAACAAUUAGUUAACGUCUGUGCAAGGGAAAAUGGUGGGCCUUCUGCGGAAUUGGCAUACAAUGUUUUGGUUAUGGUUUGUACCAAUCCUAGUAAUGGCUUGAUGUCAGAUUUGAAGAAACAGCUGAAGGGUAAUUCAAAGCGACUCGUGGAUCUGAUGAAGAAGCUUAAAGCAACUGAGAUUGGCUACCACAGGGAUCUUCUUUUGGCUAUUGUUAGUGGAAGACCGUCUAUUGGUGCAACAUAUAUGGAAGAGUUCCCCUACAAUCUUGAAGAUUAUUCAUCACCUAACUGGUUUUCUGUUGUUAUUCUUGCAGCAAACUUGGUUUCCUCAGUGCGCAGCGGGCAUGCCUUUGGUAUCAAUGACUCUCAGUCUCACAAUCCAGCCAUGUUUGACAAUGUGGAUGUGCAGGAUAUCAUGAAAUGCUUGUAUCCUCAUUCAUUCAGCCGGUCUGCAAUCAAUAAGGGGCUGCUUCACUCUGAUUUUCUAGUGAAGCAUGGAUCUUUAAGGCUUCUUUUAGAAGCACUGAAGUUGCUGGACUCCUUCCAUGGUGUUUUAAACCAUAGAGACCAAAGUUAUUCUGAUAAUGAGAAGGUAUACGCAUUGGAGUCUUUCAAGCAAGAAUUUCAAAAUGAAGUCCGAAACUUGCUCCCUGAUCAUCAAGUUAUGUUGACUCUACUUUCUUCUCUGAGUAGUCACUCCAAAAGUCAGCAGUUAAGCUUAAAGAGGACAGCUGAGUUGGAGCAGUUCCCUGAACAUAGCCCCAAACGCUUGAAAAGAAUGAAAACAGAUGUGGGGAACAAGGACUCAGAUAUUGUUGUAGGUGGGUUAAAUUUUGAUCCCGAUGUUGCUUCACCCAAGAACAGUGAAAGAGUUGCAGGUGCAUCCACUGCGGAUGCAUUGGAUAAUGAAAAGGAUGCUAUAAAUGUUAUGGCAGAAAUUUGGGGUUUGGAUCUUCAAUCCACACAUAUUAAUACAUUAAAGGAUGCCGAGAUGUACUUCUACUGUAGGCUACUCGAUGCUCUCAAAACUUAUCUUCGGAUAAUGCCCACUGGCUUGGAGGGAUCAUUUGAAUUUUUUAUGAAUCUUCUAAGCAGCCCUUUAGCAUCAGAAACAGAUCUGCAGUGCUCUCUUUUGUCUUUGUUAACAGAAUACAUUGGAUUGUCUGCAAAGAGUAGAACUCCGAUUAGGACUCCACCCCUGAUGUAUAAACAUCUUUUGACAUUCAUGAACUUGCUAGUUUUUUCACAAGUCAGUGACAUAAGGGAUCAAGCAUAUCAUCUUGCACAAGCAGCUAUGUUAAGUACUGGUGCUUUUGACAGAAACCAGCAUGAAAUUGCAUCAUGGUUCUUGUUUUUACCCGGUUUUGGUAGAAGAAAAUCUUCUGUUGAAGUACUGGAGGUGGAAGUAUUACAAAGCUUGUGUCGUGUUGUCAUCUCAUUCUUAUGUGAUGCCGUUUCUACUACUGGGAAUGGUUUGUUCAAAUACUGGGAUAUUGUUAAGCGUUAUACCUGCCCUUUGGAAAUUUGUAAAGAUGUGAUACCUCGUUUCAGCCCUCUUAGCAUAUGUGUACUGCAGAAAUGUCUAAGGUUGCUCGAUUCUGGGUCUGGAACAUUUACAAUGCCUGAAAAAUCAGUGAUAUCAACGUAUGUUUGCAGCACACUGAAGUAUCUCUUGCAAACUCAGGUUGAUGCAAGAUUGCUUUCUUCCAUGAUUUGCUCAGUCUUGGUUGAGAGACUUGGUGACUGUUCUGUCGCUGACAAUGCUAGGGAUAAAAUCUGUGCGUGGAGGCCUUUAAAGAAUUUACUGCUCUUUUCACAGAGUAUAUCUGAUCAGAAAACAUGUGGCAUUAUUUCUAUUCACAAUAAGGCUAUGACUGCUGAUAGUUCCUUAGCAAUUACACUUGAGGAAGUGAAAAGAUUUGAGAAUAGUAGGGAUGCUGGUGACAUAGCUAGAAUAACCAAAGCCUUUUCUUUCUCCAUUAUCUCUACGAGUCUUGAGGGAAUACUGGAAAAGUUUCCAUCAUUUAUGACAGCUUGGAAAUAUCUUCUUGCCGUUCCUGUCUCUCUCUUAUCAUCAAUAUUUUUUCUGGAACAAACCCUUCUAGCCAGUGUUUCUAAGUUGUGGCCUGAUAUAUUUAUUCCUGGUCUGGAAAAGGCUCUAUCCAGUAUUUAUUGCAGAGGUAGACAAGAUGAUGCCUGUGGAUGUCUUGACCCUGUUUCUUAUGCACGAGGAAUGAUAUGUAACCAAGAUCUUGAUACAAACGAAGCUGCUUCUGCUGCCUUUUCUUUCUAUUUGGAGAAAGCACCAUUCCAUGUUUUAUUCCCUGCCAUUAUGAGCAUUGAUGGUCAUUCUUCAUCAGACCUCUCCAAGAUACAAGACUUGCUUGUAGCUAAACUAUCUGAGUGCUCAAUUGAUUGCCACCUUAUUUCCCAUUUGCGUCUUGUGCUAUUUUGGCUUUAUCAGAUACGGUUAUCUCAAAGAGUUGGACAUUUAGUCAACUUCCAACAACUGUCGGAGAUUUGUUUAGUUCUAGUGGAGAAGUUGUUAUCUCAACUGUUGGUGUUGAAUACUGAUUCUGAUUCCUCUGAAAACUACUCGGUACUUCUGUCAAGCCAAGAUGUUCAAGAAGUGGCUGAAAUCAUCAUCUGUCAUCCUGCAAUGCUAACAUUGUUAUCUUGUCCUUUGGGAUGCAGUGAAGACUUACCAAAGGGUAGCCUAGCGGACAAUGUAAAUGCUUUGAUUAGCUUAUCAAGGCAGAGUAUUCAUAGAUUAGAUUGUCAUGCCUUCGACAUAUUGGUAAAAACUUGUGACUACUUGUUUACUUUAUGCAAUGACGGCCAAUUUACAGCAGAAGUUGAAAUAGGUGCUGGUCAACAAUUUGUGAAAGCAUUUAACAUCUUGCAAAGGAAUCUAUUUCAUGAAGUCAGGGGCAAAUUUGAUCAAUGCAUUGGUACUAAGGAUUUUACGCCUUUCGUCCCAACAUUUUAUGCUUUACAUGUUUUGAUUCGUUUUAUAUCCCCCUUUGAGCUUCUUGAAUUGGUGCAUUGGAUGUUUAGUCGAACUGACAUGGAUGACAUUGAGAAAUCUGCUAUUUCUUUUGGAUCUUGCAUUGCUGGUGGUGCUUUCAGAAAUCUGUCAAGUUUCUUGCAGCAGCCAAAUACAAAGAGAAAAUCAUAUAAUAUAUUUUGGAAAAUGGAAGAGAACAAGGUCAACAGUGACAUUAUUGAGGAAAUCUAUCUUAAAAUAUGCAAGUUUUCCUUGCAUUUUAAAACAGAAUUUGUGGAUCUAUGCUUGCUGGAAGCUAUAAAUGCUGUAUGCAGACAGAAAUACAUGCAACAAUGUAAUCUUCAUCCAUUACAUAUAAUAUUGUCGAGAGUUAUAGCAAGCACCCCUGUAGAAAUUAUCUCCCAUUGCAUUUGCAGAACCAGCAAGAUGAAAGCUAGAUUAUUGUCUCUUCUUACUGAUAUGAGUUCCCUGCAUUUGUCUACCUUUGGGCACUUAUUUUUAGGGUUUGUGAACAAAGACAGAGAUUUUCAACAUGAAGAUAAUGUGAUGGAAGAGCCUUGUGUCUCUGCUCUUUCAGAUGAGGACUGUAUCAUGCUUCUGCCUGCUGCUUUGUUGUACUUGAAUUCAGUUUCCUUGAAAUUUGGAAGGUUGUCUUAUGAGCAUUUUAGAUGUAUACCAACUUUUUAUUCAAGGAUUAUUUUGAAUGGUUUCCUUCAGUGGAAGAGUUUUGUGUCUAGAGAUGUGUUUCAGGAAGAAUUUGGAGAGUUUUUGCCAUCAUCUACUCAAGAACUUCUCAGUCUGAUUGAUGAUAGUCUUCUUGGAAAAACAAUUUGUAUGUUGCGUUAUCACUUCAGUUUGAAUGAAAAUACAAUGAAAAUGAAGAACCGGUUCAAGCUUUUUAAUUCCGUUUUCCCACCUUCUGUGUCACAGGAUGAGCUGGUAGGUUGUGAUAUUGGUGGAUUGGCUUCUCAAUCACUCAAUGAAUCAUUAAACCUUGUAAAUAAAUUUUUUGCAAAGAUAUCUUUUGGUAAGGUUUUAUUAUUCCCAAAAGGUAGUCGGUCAAAUGAAGCAGGCAGUGACAUGAAAGACAAUCCUUUGGACAUUGCAUCCAAAAAACUGGAUUCUUCAAGAAUGCAGUUUAUGAACAUAUUGGUGGGUAUCUGGCAAUGGAUUGUUAAAAGAGUCCCUUCAGUUGCUGAUAGUUCUCAAAAGGAAACAAGCACAGGUACUUCCUUGUGGAGAUGCUUUGAAGCUCUCAUAUUGAUGAACAUUCUUGAACUGACUGGAGAGAUGUCUGAUGGUCUUAUUAAAUUACAAUCUAUCCCUUUCCUAGAGCAAUUGAUGAAACCAGCACUUCUAUAUAGGUUUGAAGAUCCAACAACUUUGAAAUCCAUCCGAGAUCUCCUAAGUGUGCUGUCAGAGGGAAAAUUUUCACGUGUUCCCUACCUUCAGCUUCUACUUGCCCAUUCUCAGUUUGAGCCAACAGUUCGCUCAGACUACAGAUCAUCUGAUGGUUUCAGUUUUGGUGCAUUUUCCAGGCCCAUGCCUGGCAUUCUAAGAUCGCUUGUUGUCCCUUCCGCUAACCAAAGUGUAAUUGAUCACAAGUGCAAUAUGGAAACAGCGGAUCUGUAUGCAAGACAGUUGGAGGUUGUCAAGUUACUACGGAUGCUCUUUCCAAUCAAGGAGCAUCAACAUAGUUUUGACUUUGGUAAAGAUAUAUGCAUAAAUCUAAAAGAACUGCAUUUACUGCUUCUGUCUUCUUAUGGUGCAACACUUAGUGAAAUUGAUGUGGAGAUAUACAACUUGAUACGCACAAUUGAGUGUCUUGAUGGUUCAAAGCCUGCCAAUGUUGCUGGAAUGGAUCACUUGUGGGGCAGUGCCGUGUUAAAGAUAGAAAAAGAACGGACUCUGGAAAGGAAUAUGUCUGAUGAUGUCUUGACUAAUACUGAAGCGGUAAAAGAACGCCGUAGAAGUCAAUUUAGAGAAAAUCUUGUUGUUGACCCCAAAAUCUGUGCAUCCACCGUGCUAUAUUUUCCUUAUGAUAGAGUGGCAUCUGAAGAACUACUAUGCUUGAACAAGUUUCAAACAGAUAAUUUUGAUGAUGGUCGUUUGUUGCAUUCUCCUGAUGCUGAAUAUAUACAACGAUAUAAUCCUAUUUUCAUCUUGCGCUUCUCUAUUCAUAGCCUCGCAGAGGGUUAUUUUGAACCCUUGGAGUUUGCUGGUUUAGGCUUGCUAGCUAUUGCAUUUAUGAGUAUGUCAUCACCUGACGACAGAAUAAGAAGGUUGGGUUAUGACACUCUUGGAAGAUUUAAGAACACAUUGGAGAGAUGUCAAAAGAGGAAGGGUGUCAAGCACAUUCAACUUCUGUUGACUUAUGUGCAAAAUGCUAUAGAAGAACCAUGGCAGAGAAUCCCUUCUGUAAAUUCUAUUUUUGCUGCAGAGACAUCCCUCAUUUUAUUAGAUCCUUCACAUGAGCAUUAUGCAGCCUUAACGACGCUUUUGAUGAGAUCGUCCAGGUUGAAUGUCAAGAAUAUACUUUUCUUUAGCAAUUUUUUUUGGAGUUCCUCUAUCAAUUUCAAAGCAGAAAGGUUGUGGAUACUUCGCUUAGUAUAUGCAGGGCUAAAUUUUGAUGAGGAUGCUCAAAUUUAUAUGAACAACUCGGUUCUUGAGGCUCUGAUGAGUUUCUAUGUCUCUCCAAUUUCGGAAGAUGAAUCCAAGGAACUAAUACUUCAGGUAGUCAAGAAGGCAGUUAAAUUACACAAGAUGGCUCGUCAUCUGGUUGAAAAAUGUGGUCUUUUUUCGUGGUUAUCAUCUGUUCUCUCAGUAUUGGGCGAAUGGCAUUUCAGAGAUGGAAAAAGUUUGGUCUUGUUGCAGUUGGGUGUGAUAUCAGAGGUCGUCAAUGAUGUUAUUUCUUUGAGAAAAAUCAAUGAGUGGUUGCAACAAUAUGCCCUUGAGCAGCUUAUGGAACUUGCAUCUCAUCUCUUCAAAUUUCUUGUCAGUGAUAUGACACUGAUAAAGGAUAACGUUGCUGCUGUCAAUCCAAUUCUGGGAACAAUAAUAUUAACACUCAAGAUGUCCCAGAAGAGAAGGAUAUAUCAGCCACAUUUUGUUCUAUCAGUUGAGGGUUCGUAUAACAUAUAUAAGGCUGUUAAGAUAUGUGAUAAUGCAAGAUCUUGUGGUACAGUAGAGCUUGCUCUUAAAGCUAUACUUAUGAGUGCACCUCCAGCGGACAUAUUUUGUUUGAGCCGUGAAAAGAUUUCAAGUUUUAUUGUGUGGGCAGUUUCUGCUGCUUUGGAAGCAGACUCUGCAAAGAUGCUUCAGCCUAAAGAAUCUCACCUAUGUUUAAUUAGUAUUCCAGAGGAAGAGCUGUACGAAAAUUCUUUGAUAUCAAAGCUUCUACGUUGGCUCACUGCUUCUGUAAUUCUUGGGAAGCUUGAUUGGAAAUCCAAUGAUUUGGACCCCGAGGUUUCAAAGAGGUUAAAUUUAAAAACUCUUCAGACUUUAAUGGAGCUUGUUGAAAGUGCAUCUGGAAGAAAGAGCAAAAGCAGAUAUGGUUGUGAGGAGAUUUUAGCUUCUGCAAUUCUUUUCCUCCAACAGCUUGCAGGCACAAAUUACCAAAUGCUACCAUCAGUUGCAGCUGCCCUUAGUCUUUUGCUUUAUGAUGGCUCAGUUUUCACAGGGUUCUUGUGUAAAAAUGGAAGUGUUGUGAAAUCAUUGUGGUCGAAGAUAGGUUGCCCUGCUGAAGCAAAUCUCUCUUGGAGAUGGGCAUUUUACCAGCCGUGGAAGGAUCUUACGCAGGGACAAACUGGUUCGCAAAAGAUGGAGGAACUCCAUGCUUGUCACUCUCUUUUGGAUAUAGUUUCAAAUGUGCUAGGCAAACGACCAUCAGAAUUGCUAGUCUCGUCAACAUACGAUGUAGAUAGGUUUGGUGCAUUUGAAUGGGAAAGAAGUAUUAUGCAGACUGAGUAAUGCUAGGAAAAGCAUCCUAGAUCCCAGGAUUUACUUGCUGAGGCUCCCUCUUGUCUUGCUCAGCAUCCACCUCCUCCAAGUACUCUCAAGCUGAAUGCUGAUGGAGCCAGAUAAUGGUGAGAAUCAGUUGUCGGAGCUGGAAGAUUGAUCAGGGAUUGUGAUGUCCUGUAGUUGGUCUAGUGGUUAUAUUCUUAAUGAAGGGAUUCACCAAACAUGCUAUUUGCAUUAGGGUAGCUUUGUUGUGACAUUAGGGAUGUUCGGGUUGGAUUUCUAGGACCUGGUCCCUCGCACAGCUCCCUAGGGAGGUGGCACUUUCUUGCCUGUCGGGCAAGAUCUUGUGAUUUGGUGUGCUGCAAGAUGAAUUUGUAGUUAGUUUGAAAUGUGCCUUUGUGGGGCCUUUGGUGUAGGCCAUAAGCUCACAAUCAAAACUAACAAAGAUUUGAGCGUGCCACUGUUAUCUUUGUAUAACAGAUCGUUGAAUAGGUGUGAGUUAAGUUGAUUAUUUAUGCCUUAAGUUAAUUAGACAUCUUGUUUAUCAAGGGAUUGUCACAGAUGAGUUAAGUCUGUAUUAAAUUAUUUUCUUGCCUUGUGAACAAGGACUUUUAA